CGCAACUCAUCUCUGGCCUGGACUGGGACCCGCCUGAUUUGCAAUUCAUGACUGCCCGGGUAGUAGUCUCUACACAAGGUUUUGCUACCAGCGCACGUGUCGACUCCCUUGCAUACUAAGCUCCACCAGCGCAGUCGCUUCCGGAUUGUUUGUCCAGGGAUCUCCCGGCAACGGUUCCGCACUGCCAGUAAGCGCGGGCCUUGGACAGAACCAUCGCUCUCGAGCAUCCUCGCCCAGCUUCGACGUGCCUUCCUACUCCCCAGCAAACCUCGCCAGAAACGCUCCUUCCGCCAGCACCUCGCGCCCUCCGUCGCCGCUGCCUCCGAUGCGUCUCUUCAAUCGCAAGGGCUCCAAGCCCCAGGUUUCUCCCAACGGCAGCCAGCCGAACAGCUCCAAUGGCUCCCUGCGCUCUCCUGGACCCACCCCAAACGGCUCUCGGCCUACAAGCUUCCCAGACAUCCCUCUGCCAAAGGCCCCGGAUCCAACCCUCGACCCGGCCGGCUAUCUGCGCAGCAUCUACGCUGUCCGCGAGCGCUCCAAGCUGGUGCUUGAAAAGGCCAAAAAGAACCAGCUCAAGCACUUCACUGUGGACAUGAGCAAGUUUGGCGAUGUCGCCCGCUUUGUUGUAUCGAUAAUCAAGCGCGACUAUGCGCCCGACUACGCCUCCAUCCCGCCCCACGGCCGCUGGCAGCACUUCGAUGUCGGUGGCCGCCCACGAAUCGAUCAGCUCAUGGCGUCGUGGCCAUCAACCGUAGACAACCAAGAGCGCACCCGCCGCCUCAUUGAUCUCUUCCUCGUCUCCGUCCUCCUCGAUGCAGGUGCAGGCACCAAAUGGCAGUACAAGAGCAAGGAGUCGGGCAAGAUCUACCGCCGCAGCGAGGGUCUUGCCGUAGCCAGUCUGGAGAUGUUCAAGUCCGGCGCAUUCAGCAGCGAUCCAAGAGAACCCUUCCAGGUCGACAGCGCGGGGUUGAAGAAGCUCGACGUUGCAACAGUGGCGCGUGGCCUGCAAGUCAACGCCACAAACCCAAUAGACGGUCUCGAGGGUCGCACCAGUCUGUUGCUCCGCUUAGCAGAAGCCUUGCAAAAUCAAGAAGUCUUUGGUCUCGAGGCGCGGCCAGGAAACAUGCUCGACUACCUCCUCUCGCACCCCACCACACAAGCAUCAUCAGUCCCCAUCAUACCCCUCCCCACCCUCUGGAAUACUCUCAUGGACAGUUUGACCCCCAUCUGGCCUGCAACGAGGACCCAAAUCGACGGUGUACCCAUGGGCGACGCCUGGCCGUGCUCCGUCAUGCCAUCGCAUCCUACUCACCCGUGGGAGAACAUUGUCCCUUUCCACAAGCUGACCCAGUGGAUGACCUACUCGCUAAUGGUUCCAAUGACGAGGCUACUCCACGUCCACUUCCCUGGCGCUGAGCUUCUGACCGGGUUGCCAGAAUACCGAAACGGUGGACUUUUCAUCGACGUCGGCCUCCUAACACUGAAGCCCGAGGACCAGAAGCGCGGUCUCGCACAGUACCAACGCAACGCACAGGUGACAGGGCAGCCGAGCAUGGAGGUUGUGCCGAUGUUUACCGCCGACGAUGACGUGAUCGUGGAAUGGCGCGCAGUCACUGUCGGGCUACUCGACGAUCUCCUAGUCGACGUAAAUCAGCUGUUGGGCUUGAGCGGCUCUGACAAGCUCAAUCUGGCCCAAAUGCUUGAAGCUGGUAGCUGGAAGGGAGGUCGAGAGAUUGCUGAAGUGUCGCGGCCCAACACUAAAGAACCGCCAAUCAUGAUCCUCUCGGACGGCACUGUUUUCUAAGAUACCCCUUUCUUCUUUUGUUCCGCCCUUCCUUCGCUUCCUUCACAUACAGACAUCGUGCAGCGAAAGCACGUAUCCGAUACCCACAAGGAACCCUUAUCCCAGCCGCCCCAGUACCUUCUAAUUAUGGCCAAGUGGAUGGGAUUUAUGAUACACGAUCUUGACGGUCGCAUUUGGUGGACAGCUUCUUGUUUAUACGUUCUGCUUUGUCACACCAGCCACGUUUACGUUUCAUUCUAUUUUGAAGCGCUGGCGGCUUGAGAUUCAUUUCAUGUGUUGUAAUAAUUCCUUACCAUGACUUUUGGAAUCUUCGAAUAUGUAGCCACGUACCAGAGCCUUUUGAACAGGAGCUGGCGCCUUGACUAAUCUUCACAGUCGGGCAUUUUGAUCUGACUAGAACACCAUGAAGAUAAUACAAGAAAUACCAUGAUGCGCGCC